AUGGAAUACGCAGAAACAGACUAUGUGUUUUUGGUCGAUGUGGAUUUCGUCCCGAGCAUGAACCUUUCUGAAUCUUUGGAGGUUACGGCAUUAAAGCGGUUUGAUCCCCUAACCACCUAUGGAGACCGGUCAGAACCCUCCAGCGGUGAGCGAAGGUGCUUCAUCGUGCCAGCUUUCGAGAUCAAGGAAAGCAAGGACCCACUGCCGAACACAAAAGGGGAUCUGCUGUCCCUUUGGGGCCAAGGAUUUGUUCAGCCUUUUCGUCACGAAAUCUGGACAGCUGGACACACGGCAACAGACUACGCCAAAUGGAAAGAAAUAUCGGAACCGUAUGAGGUGACGGAUUUAUUGAUGCAGUCAGUAUAUUGGUCGAGUUCCUUUGCUUUGGUGAUAUGUGCUGCGAUUUUCAUACGCUUCUCCAAAUCAGCACACUAG